CCGCCAAACUUUUCUCACCGUCUUCAACUUUCAACGACCAGAUUGUUACAAGACGUACUCUGCCUUUCUUUCGAGUUGACUGUGUUUGAACUGACCUACUUUUUAAGAUGUACACAGCCAAGUCAGGACAGUAUCGCUGAUUUCAUCUUCACCGUGACGUUCCAGUCCGUGAGUUUGCACUGAAGUACACCCUCGCCUUCAAAUACUCUACCAGUAGGACGAACUUAGACGAGGGUUUUGGACGUCGGACUUCGGGAAAGCAUACAGAGGAGAUAUAAUUUCGUACUUUUUAACAACACAGCUCAAGACAGCACAGCCGGUGGUAAACUUCUACCUAAGUAUCUAACUCUGGCAGACGUGGCUUGUUAUUUAAUACUUUAUUUCCGAGCAGGAGAUAGCAAGUAAUUCCAGGGACUAUGCUGACUGUAUACAGUCAUCCUCAAACUGACUAGUUGUGAUUUUACGUCUCACCAAAACUGUGAAUCAUGAAGGCAUCUUUAAUGCUGGCAGGCUGUAUAGUGCUGGUGGUAGUGCGGGUCUGUUCCCCACAAACAGUUCCCAACAACUCGCCCCCUAUCCCCAACAAUGUGCCGCAAGGAGCUGUCUCCAUUUACUACGCCAUAAAGACAAACGUCACUUUUAGGAACACAACAAUUGACGCCAUGGAUUACUCGUGUGGGGCAAAUGCCUUUUGCGAUGCAUCUCUCGCCAAUUUCCCUAAUGCGUUUUGUUUUACGUGUCAGAAAUGUCACUGUGACGAUGUUUGUACGCUCUAUGGCGACUGUUGUGUUGAUCGCUUGUUUGAAGUUGACACAGACUCACCAACUCCACCAUCUUCACAGAUCACCUGUCAACGACAACAUCCAAGGAGCAAAGAACAUAAGAAUCCAUAUGUGUUCAUGGUGACGUCCUGUCCCCAAGACUCACUGGCUGACCAACUGACCAGAAGAAGAUGCGAGAGACCGUCUGAUUCCACGGUAAAGGAGUCGACGCCGGUGUCUGUUCUGACGACUCAGAUAACGUAUCGGAACAGUUACUGCGCCUCUUGUCACGGUCAGAUGGACUUCGUGGAAUGGCGCCAUGAGGUCAGCUGUUCACAGGGAGACGUCCUGAGGACAGCUAAGGACAAGGAUGAUCUCUGGUCUCUGGUCAUAGCUAGUCCACACUGUAAAGUUAAGAGUUCUCCUCCGAGUGGAGUACACACCAGAGAAUGCCUGGACGGACUGAUAGGCAAGUGCAACAUUACGGGAAGAUGGGAAACUAGAAAUGACAGGAUAGAAACACUUUGUAACAUGUACACCCGCCCGGUACAAGCGACAAUCAGCAGGUAUAAAAAUAUUUUCUGCUCUCUAUGUAAUGGAGAAAAAAUGUCCCGACAUGUACAUUGCUCUGAUAGUAAUGUCGUUUUUCCAAAUUUGGUGACAUCUCCGCUGAGUGUUAUCAUUGACUUCAAUCCGAAACCGCGGCUAAUGUCGGGUGUACCAGAGCUGGCGCAGGUGGACACACCCAAGUGUAACGACUCACAGAUCUACGACCCUCUGUCUGAAAGUUGCCGAAAGGUGCAGUGUCCUUACGGACGAGUCUGGUCUGGUGGGAGAUGCGAGCUGAUUUUGGACUCUGUGGCGGGCGUGGGUUAUUCUGCUUCUCUAGCAAUAAAGUUCACAGAGGAGCUAACAUCGGCUGAAUGGAACGACCUUGUCGAGGAUUUUGUUAAUGGGGAUUUGCGACAAAAUCUGCAGCAGUUCUCUCCUUUCAUGUUUACAAUGGUGUCGCGGUCAUUAUAUGUUACACCACCCAGACUGGAGGGCAUUUUUAUUACCAGUGCACAAACAAGUGGGGCCAGAAUAGACUUUAGGUUUGUCUCAAUUUCAUCAGGAUACAUCCAACAGUUGGAGGAUGCUCUGAAAGGCGUCCACUCAUUAGAGUUGACAAACUACACUGUUGGUGAGAAACGAGGCACAUUAUCAUCGUUCCCUUUACCCUGUGCCUCCAGGAUCUCGGAUGUUCUACCCGGCAUUCCAGGAGAUACAGGGUUGUUUCGUGACCCGCCGUUUCCGGCCUGCGAAUUUGGAAGUUGCGACUUCAGCUCUCUUACUUACGAACCCGUUCUUCACAUUCUGAACUGUCCACAUCUGGAGUUUAAUCUUACGGAUCACAAUAUAAAAUUGGAUUUGAAAAAAGCAAGUAUGGAAAUUGACAACAAUACAAUAGAUUUGCAGGAAUCGGAUUACUGGGCGUGUGGAGACACCAUUAAAUUUUGUUCGCGUGGUCUUUCCCAGAUUGCAACACAGAUGGUGAAAAAUCGCGCAACCAAGGAGAAGACCUCAGUCGUCAGUGUGUCACUGGCCUUGACCAUUGUCUCUGUCGUGUGUAUCGCUCUGUCUUUACUCUGUCUCCUUCUGACAUUUCUCGUGUAUUGUCUCUUACCUCAGCUAAGGACUUUGCCAGGUAAAAACACCAUGGUACUUGUUGCUUAUCUCUUCUGCGCUCAGCUAUUUUUCCAGGUAGGCAUAAACCUUACCUACAGCAAGAACCUUUGUCGUGCUAUGGGUGUUCUCAUCCAUUACUUCUGGAUAGUCACCUUCAUGAUUAUGGGAACGUGUGCCUUCCACAUGUACACGGUAUUCACUAAUAUGUCAGCUAAACCAUUCCAUAAUACACUUCGUGAAACGAAGAAAGUGAUACGGUAUAUCAUUAUCUCCAACGUCUUGGCGAUGCUUGUCGUAGGGGUGUGUAUCGCUUACCACGCUGGGAGCACAGGCGGGGAAGACAUCGGCUAUGGCGGCAAAACAUGCUUUCUGAAGGGUCCACUCGACAUUGGAAUUUUCUUUGCGGGGCCAUUGGGCAUCGUUCUCGUUUUCAACACAUUCUGUUUCAUUCGAGUUGUGCUCUCCAUUCGGAACGCCCCCAAUAUGAAGUCUUCAAAGAACCAGACGAACAGGAACCACGUUACAGUGUACUUACGGUUGUCUAUAUUGCUGGGCUUUACAUGGAUCUUCGGACUCGUGGCGGCAUCUUUACAAGUGGAAGUUUUAUGGUAUAUUUUCGUAAUACUUAAUGGACUGCAAGGAGUUUUCAUUUUUAUCGCUUACUGUCUUAACAAAAGAAUUCUCGACAUGCUGAAAACUGUUUGUUGUGGGAAGACGUCAGACAAAUAUAACAGCACACCAGUCAAUAGCCCAGUGGCAAGUACGGAAACCUCAACAUUGUAAAACAUUACUCCAGCAAGGGGAGGUGUGUUUACGCUGCGCUCAUCUGGAAGAUUAACUACAUGAGGAGAGUGAACAAUGCCUGGGCACCUCAAUUGCGGAGACACCUGACACCUUAAGAUACCUCUACUGUUGUACAGGACUGAAAUUCUCCCACAACAUACAUGUAUAUCCCGUAAGUUGUAUGACUGGAUGUGGACAUUUUGAUUUCCGCUAUUCUUGCACAUAUAUGUAUGUAAGAUUUGACUUUUGUCUGAAAAUGAGGAGUAUACGUUCAUAAAUGUGUGUAUAUAUGUAUGUAAGAUGUGACUUUUGUCUGAUAACGAGGAGUAUACUUUCAUAACUAUGUGUAUAUAUGUGUAAGAUACGACUUUUGUCUGAUAACGAGGAGUAUGCCUUCAUAAAUAUGUGUACGUGUAAGAUGUCA